AUGAAGUUCACCACCCUCACCACCCUCACCACCCUCGCCACCACCGCCAAAGCCGACAUCUGGAUCUACGAAUGCACCGACCUCGGCAGCGGCGACGUCAAGAAUACCCGGCUCAUUCUCCAAAAGUGGGACGUGAGCAAGAUCGAGGGUGUUGUUUGCGAUGGGGAUGGGUGCUAUAAUGGGAAUCCGGAGGAUCUCGAGCGGUUGGAGUAUGAUGUUGAUUUUGGUCAUUUCACUAUUUAUAAGAAUCGGGACUGGAACUUGGUUGGGUUUGAAAAAAUGAGGUUUGGGGCCACCGUCGCCCGACGGAGGAGGAUGAGUAUGAUUGCCCGGCGCAGUAUCUUUCUGCCGGGCAGUUGAAUUUUAAUUGUGAGACGGAUGUUUCCCUUGAGGGAUCAUGAAUGGGUGGUGGAAUUCUAGAGUGAGUGAGUGAGGGGACUACUGUGGAAUCAAUGAGUUUGCUGUUGUAGGUCUGAACGUCACUCUACGGUCUUUUUCUUGAGGAGGGAUGACACAGGGGCUGUUGUCUCUUUUAGUGAUCGCUUGCAAAGUAACAAUUUGGGACCAGUUCUUGAUAUAACCAAGUUCAUUCUUUACACUUUUUGAGCAUCUUGACAGCAUUAGAGCAACUUUCUCC